AACAAGUUUGGAGAGAAUGUUGAGUUUAAUCAAUUCAGAGCGUCGAGAUGGAGCCCAACUCACCCCAGUGGGUAGGCUCACCCUGUGGUUUACACGGACCUUACAUUUUCUACAAGGCUUUUAAAUUUCACCUUGAAGGCAGACCAAGAAUUUUGUCCCUUGGCGACUUCUUCUUUGUAAGAUGUAAGCCAGAGGAUCCGAUUUGCAUAGCGGAGCUCCAGCUGUUGUGGGAGGAAAGAACGACCAAGCAACUUUUAUCCAGCUCCAAACUUUAUUUUCUCCCAGAAGAUACUCCCCAGGGAAGGACUGUCAUUCAUGGAGAGGAUGAAGUCAUUGCUGUUUCAGAGAAGGUGAUAGUGAAGUUGGAUAACCUGGUCAAAUGGGCAAGCUUGGAUUGCUCAGAUUGGAAGUGUGGCCUGAAAGCCAUUCCACUAAAGCCAUCAGUCCAAAAAGAGCUGGGAAAAAACGGGCAGCGGGAUGCCCUGCAGAAAUACAGACAAUCAACUCUAAACAGUGGCCUGAACUUCAAAGAUGUCCUAAAGGAAAAAGCAGAGCUUGGUGAGGAUGAUGAAGAAAAGAAAGUGCUUAUUCUGAGUUAUCCCCAGUAUUGCCGUUACCGCUCCAUGAUUGCACGACUUCAGGAAACCCCAUCAUCUCUGUUGAGUGACCAGAUGGUGCUCGCUUUGGGAGGGAUCGCAGCCUUAAACAGCAACACUCAGAUUCUUUACUGCCGUGAUACAUUUGAUCAUCCCACUCUUAUUGAGAAUGAGAGUAUCUGCGAUGAGUUUGCUCCGAACCUUAAAGGCCGACCACGAAAGAAGAAGCUUUCCAUUUCCCAGCGACGUGAUUCACAAACCCAAAAUGGUGUAAGCAGCAGCAGCAGUUCAGAAGGAAAAGCCUUUGCCAAGGUAAAAACGGAGCAAAAGCCUAUUGGGGCCAAACCAAAAAGCAACGGCAAUUGUAAAAAAACGUUGGCAGAAGACCACUCUAAAAUGGGGGCAGGUGAGGAGUGCAGAGCCGAUGAGCAGGCGUUCCUUGUUGCUCUGUACAAAUACAUGAAAGAACGAAAAACUCCGAUUGAAAGGAUACCUUACCUUGGUUUCAAGCAAAUAAACCUUUGGACUAUGUUUCAAGCUGCUCAGAAACUGGGAGGUUAUGAAUUGAUAACUGCUCGCCGACAGUGGAAAAAUGUGUAUGAUGAACUGGGGGGGAAUCCAGGGAGCACCAGUGCAGCUACAUGCACAAGAAGGCACUAUGAACGACUUAUUCUGCCCUAUGAAAGGCAUAUUAAAGGAGAAGAAGAUAAGCCUCUUCCCCCUGUAAAACCUCGAAAGCAGGAAGCAAGCCCUCAGGAGGGACAGGGGAAACCCAAAGUUAACAUGGCAAAGCGCAUCAAGAGUGAACAAAUUCAGAAGCCAAAGAAGGAAAAGGAGACAAAAGUCCUGGAGGAAUGUGGGGCACCUGAUCCUGGAAAGACGUCUGUGGAUGUGGCAUUCCAGUCACAGCAGCAAAUUACAGUGAAGGUAGAAGUCAAAGACAAAGAUGAAGCCCAGCAAAGUACCGGACUCGUAGAAGUUUGCACGAGUAGCAGUAAUCAGAAUAUCAUCAAGGAAGAAGUUGUGCAUCUUGCCACAGUACCAAGCCCUUCAUCUUCUUCCAAGGGUUCCUCAUUAGAAGGAGAGACAAACAUCACAGUGACUCCAGAUGCUACUGUAAACACUAAACAGGAGUCACGAAUACAAAGUAUUUUGGACAAACUAAGCAUUGAACUGCAGGAAAAAGCAGCCAGUGCGCACUGUUCAGUGUCACCACAGCCAGCUGCUCCCAGCACUCAACCAAGUCAAGAAGAACCAGUCACACCAGAGCGCUGCAGCACCUCUCCCCAAACAAAAGCAGAUCCAACAGGAUUUAGUGAAACUCAAAACUCUUUAGAUAAGAGCCCACUGCUGUCUUUAAAGCAGCAAGCUAUUAGAACCACUCUUGUGUCUGAAAACGGCAAAGAGAAGGAUGCAGCUGGCAAGGAUGAAGUCAGUGCCAGUUAUUCGCCAGUACUCUAUCCAAGGAGCAAUUCAGGCAUUAUGUCACCUUUGGCCAAAAAGAAGCUGUUAUCACAGGUUAGUGGCACUUGUUUGCCGAACAGUUAUUCAUUUGGUUCAAGCCAGCCAUUAGUCUUGAAGAAAAUAGUCGGCAGCAAUGGAGAAGAGGUGACUGUGCCCCCAGGUCCACAGGUUUCCACCCCUGAGACCAUCAUGGUCAGCAGGCCCUCUGUCAUCCAGCACGCCCAGAGUUUUAAGGCACGAAACUCAGAUGAAAGAAAGGCAGCAAGUGAGGUCUUCAAAAAUGACAUGUGCGGAAAGUCUGAUUCUUUCCCCUGUGACCUUUCCAAGCACCAGAUGUCCUCUUCUGUGGAGCAUUACAGGUCUGAUGUUCAAGAAAAGGAAAAAAGUCAGGAGAAUAGGACAGUGCAACCAUGCCAGAUGCCCACCUAUUUUGCAGAGUUCUACUCCUCACCUCACUUGCACAGUCUGUACAGGCAUGCAGAGCAUCACUUGAACAAGGAGCAGUUAUCCAAAUACCUGUCAAGGGAAACACUGUACAUCCAGGACCAUGAAAAUGUUUCUCCUUUUGCUCAAAAGAAACAUCUGGAGAAAACGACCACCAUUUAUCGACCUCCCAUGAAUGAGAAAGAUAAAAUGGCCACCAGUGACAUUUCAUCGGAUGACCAGCCAACGGACUUGAGUCUUCCCAAAUCCUCUGCUCACAAACUGCCUUCAUCAAAGCCCCUAACAUCCAGCAUGAGUCAGACGCUGAUGCAACAGGAAAACAAAAAUGCGCCACUCUUUCAAGCCACUCGCACACAGGUGUCGGGCAUUGACUGCAACCCUAAAGCCUGUCGAGUGCCUCCAAUGACUAUGUCAACUCCAAAGAAGCCUGCUGAGCCCCUUCGAGCAUCAGGAAAGCCACCAAGUUCACGAGGAGAGGAUGUGGCGCCUCGACCUAUCCUGAGCACCAAAACCUGCACCCAAAAUGUGGGGGCUGCUAGGCCGCUGAAGAGGAACCUUGAGGAAUUAGAAAGCGGGACUCCAGAGAAAAAAAUUCGAGCUGUCACGCCUAUGCACAUGACUAAGGAGACUUCCAGUAAAACCCCAGAGCCAGAUGGUGAAGCAAGCAAAUCCGUAGAGACCACGCAUGCCGGAAGCCUGUUGGAUAGCCAUAAGUUUCCCCUGCCAACUCCUAUUUUUUCGGGUAUUUAUCCGGGAACCUUUGUUUCUCAGGUGCAGGACAUGUGUGAUAGCCUGGGCAGCCACCUCCCAGCAGGUUAUUCUCACCCCUUGCAGUACUUGAAAAACCAAGCAGUAAUCUCUCCAUUGAUGCCACCUUUGACAAUCCAUUCCAUAAUGAUGCAAAGACAACUUCUCUCUUCUUCUGCCAACCCUCCUCAGAUUUAUAGGCAUUUAGCUACAGCAGCUGCACCAGUAGGGCCUUCUUAUGGGGAACUCUUGCACCAUGGCCUGUACCCUUUAUCUGCAUUAAAUCCACAGUCCUCAUUCAAUCCCUCGCAGCUGUCUUCAGUACAUCCAAGUACAAAACUUUGAAACGGAAAACACGAACUGUGAUCACAAGACAUUAGUAAUAGCCUGACAUUCCAUAUGGCAAAGUAAUUGAAAAUUCCACCUGGAUGGUCGGCAUUUUUGCGUUAGGCAUGUUCUCAUAGUUAAGGAAAGCAACACAAUCAUUAUUGCUUCAGUCUGGGACAGGCCCCUAUUACACCCGAUAAUGCCACUUUAAAAGAAAAAAAAUGUUUUGCACAUUACGUUGAAUAUGGGAUGAUUCUGAGUGUUUUGUUUUUAAAACAGAAUUGUAUCCAUUCCUGCAACUAUUUUCAGUCUCGUUUUCAUGCUUAGUGGAGGAGAGGCAUAUACAAAGCGAUGUAAAGUAGAGACAAGCAAUAAGGAAGAAAAGGAAUUUGCCCUGGUUAAAGAUUUUUGGAGAAUUAUUGCAGAGUUUCCAAAGGGUAAUGAGGAUAAUAAAAAAAAAAUAGUGGCAUGACAAAUCAAUGCAAUGUACAGUGUAAUUUCAGUUAGCUUCUGGACGUUUCCAUUUAGCAACACUAUGAAAAACAAACUACAGCAGAAACACAGCGAUGGGGCAUGUAUUUAAAUCGGCUCUUUACUGUCAGAGAAGUGUUUCAAAAUAAUUUAAUAUUUUGUGGUAUUGUUCGUUUUCUUUUAUUUUUAUUUAAUUUUUUGCUUUGCUAUUUAUAAGUUCUUCUGUUUUACAGUCUAUAUACAGUGGGAUCUUGUUAUUUUGCUCUGUAAAUGAAUUCAUACUGGUGUGCUUGUGUUGGCUUCACUGAGACUGAUGUGAAUUUUUGUAAUACCUGUGCUUGCUUGAAUGAUAGGACCUGAACUCUCGAAUCAUUUCGUAUGGGAAUUUCAAAGAUGGGGGACUAUAGUGGGGAAGCAGCUUGUUCAUUUGUCACUUUGUUAAGGCCUAAAAGCUGUAAUUGCAAAGUAGGAAGUCAACCUGUUAUGUCUUUUGCUAAGUUCAAAUGUAAAAAAAAACAUAUACAGUACAGUAUACACACACUGUAUACAUAUUUUAGGUAGGGAUGUAUACAUACAUAAACUGUGUAUAUAUACAGUACUGAUAAAGUUUUAUAUAUGUGUGUAUUGUAGAUAUGUAUAUAUGUAUAUGUACCACAUCCACACUGUAUAUAUAUGUAAAUAUACAGUAUAUGUAUAUACACACACUGUGUGUGGAUGUACAUAUCUGUAUACUGAUACUGUAUAUAUGUAUAAGCCAGUAAAGACACACAUUGUACAUACCAGUAAAUAUGUAUACUGCACAUACACAUAUAAAGUAUGUAAAUAUGCAUCCAUAUAUUUAGAAUAAAUGUGUGUGUAUGUGUUUAUAUUAUAUAUAUAUAUAUAUACACAGACACACACUAUAUAUAGUGUGUAUAUCUAUACAUUCACACUGAAUAUAUGCUAUAUACACACAAAUGCAUUAUAUGUAUGAAGUGUAUGCAUGUACAUACUGAGUGUACAUACCAUAUGCACAUCUUUAAAUUCACCCUUUCUAUAUGUGUAUACACACACACAAGCACAUUGUAUAUGGUAGGUAUAGGUGCACAAACAAACACAGUUUAUAUAUACACAAAUAUUUAUACUAUAUGUGUACACAUGACAUUGUACAUACAAUGCAGCUAUACAGUAUGUAUAUACUGUGUGUGUAUAAGCACAUAUCUAUGUUUAUAUUGUAUAUAUGUGUAUAUACACGCUCAAGCAAUGUAUAUACCACACAAGUGUGUCAGUACAUACCAUCACUGUGUGUAUAUACACAUAUCUUUAUAUUUAUACUGAACAUAUGUAUAUAUGAAAACAGCAUACACAUUCAUAUCUCUAUGGACAUCGAAGCAUACAAAUUAUUUAUAUAUGAAGAAACUGUUCAAACUUGUCUUCUACUUGCUGUCUACUGUAAUGCAAACAUAUUUUUGUAUUACUUACUUGCAGUGUACUGCUGCUUCUUUUUAUUUCUUCUUCUUUUUUUUUUUAAUCUUGACAUUUUUGUCUGUCGUCCGGCAACCCACAUGAAAAAGUAAGAUUAGUUCCAAAUUAAGUUGACUUUGUGUGUUUUUACAAGUCCUUUUAACUUUACUUUUCAGGGUUAUGAGGCUCUAAAAAAUGAACCAAAAUAGACCAGCUGUUUUAUGUCUGAACAUGCUUUUUUGAUGAUGUAGUCAGUUGAAAACAAUUACGCUGCACACAAAAUGUUUGCAUUGAGAUAAACAAGCUGGUGAACAUUAAAGAAAAUCAGUAAUGUGUUUUUGGAGAUUAUGCUGCACUGGGAAUUGAACGCUUUCUGAUCAAUUCCGCUUUUGACGGAAAAUGUGACAAAGACAAUCUGAGAUUCUGUCGUGGCAAGAAAUUACCAGCCCCGGUCAGAAAAACCUAAAGCCAUUUUUCAAAGAUUUAAUUGUAAAUGAACGUUACAAAUCUGCUUGGAGAUAAGGCAUGUCAUAAAACUGUGCAUAUUUUGUAAUGAAAAAGUGAAAAAAUAAAAAAGAAUUCUAGGCUUAAGACUUUUUUAAUACAGGCUAUUUUGACACCAGUAUUGGAAUAAAUUCUGACAGGUUCGCUUUAUUUAUUAGAGGUGAGUAUCUCGUUAGUGUCUGGAGCGAAUGUGUUCCGAUGUUUUGGAGCAACACGUUCGGUUGCUAAGUGCCCAGCUGAAUGAGUUACACAUUUUGGAUGGCAUCAUUUUGAAGCUGCAACUUUUAUCACUUUUUUUUUCUAGUUGAAUUCAUUUUUUAAAACCAUAACCAGCUUGGAGGAGGGUAGCUGACACAGCUCUAUUUAUGGUUAGUUGUGAACGUUAAAUGAAUGGAGGAUUGUACCUUCAUUAUAGUAAAAGAGUCACAAUUAAUUUGGAAAAAUAUGUGGGAAGAUGUAGCGCUGAAGUUAAACACAUCACAUUUAGUUAAAGACUUCGAAUUAACCCAUAAACUGCGUUCUAAGGCGCGCGAUGAUAAGGUGUUAAAGCAGAAAGCGGCAGACACGGGGUCAGCAUCUCCGAGCAGAACUUUGACUGUGUGCGCGUACACGACACGCACGCACGUGCGCGUUCUGUUAUCGUUCAGAUUGUAAGGGGGCGGGGCGGGGUCAGCUCUGUGAUUGAAUGUCUUUCAUCAGCACUUACAAGUCUGUUUCAGCAGCGACUCAAUGCGUUUCUUUGGGUUUCAAAUCUUUCAUGCUGGAAGGCAAUGCAAAACAAAACUUGUCUCUGUUGUUUCUUUUUUGAUGCUGUAAAUAAUGGACACUUGUGUUACUCAUCUUUAGCCUUUUUGUUAUCUGUAAGGUGAUUUAACUGUAUAUAGUACAAUGUAGUUGGUUAACACUAUGUAGUAACUCCUUGUUCUUAAGGUUACCGAGUAACCUUUUAUAGAUUAAACACUACAGUUUAAAUGCUGAGCCAACUAUAAAUACUCAGUUUCAUUUUGUUAUUUCUUUUUGUUCUUUUUUGGGGGGUGGGAGCGGGAGGGGGUUGUGUGUGUGCGUAUGUGUGUGUGUGCGUGUGUAUAUUUUUGUUUUUAAAGCUUUACUUCUGGAAAUGCUUUUGAUACAAUGUGCCAUUAGUUUCCCAAUCACAUAGCUGGCAAAAAAGAAAACAAUUUUGUACUUUAUGAUCCACUGUAUAUUUAAUUAAAAGAUAUUUUACUAUCUAA